CUACAUUUCAACGUAUGGCGUCAUUGGCGUGUUUCAGACAGCAGACUUCAGUUCAGUUCUUCAUGUUCAUUGUUCAGUAUUCUCAGUUCUGCUUCUGUUAUUCUUGAGUUGAGUUGAGUUGAGUUGAGUUGAGUUUUAGUUGAGUUCUAUAAGUUCUAUCUAUAAGCGAUUUUGAGAAAAUUUGUUGCAUGAAUACCUAAUCCAUUCAGUGUAUUAAUCAAUAUCGUACUCACAACUUACGAAAUACUAAAUUGUCGAGCAAAAUAUACCUGCUGAUUCGGUCUGAACGUGUUUCAUGAUAUCAAAUUCUAAAGGGAAAAAAUGGCAACAUUAUCCUUAUCCGAAGAAAUAAAACUAGACGUUCACGAGAAUAAUGUCUUCAUUAUGAAUGAAUUCAGAGAACAGAAUCUCUUUUGCGACGUCACCCUGGAUAUCGAUGGUACUUUAUUUCCUUGUCAUCGUCUUAUUUUAAUGGCUUGGUCUCCAUAUUUUCGAACGAUGUUCAAUGGAAAUUUCAAGGAAAGCAGUUCGAACACCAUUUCCAUUCAAGAAAUUGGCGCAGAAACAAUGGAAAUCAUUUUGUACGCCGUUUACACCUCCCGAAUUCGUUUGCUUCCAGAAAAUGUGCAUUUUGUAUUGAAAGCUAGCCAUUUAUUCCAAAUGGACGUGAUCUUCAACGCAUGUGUGGACAGUAUUAUGAUGAAUGCGACUCAUAUACAUUACUUAAUCGAAACCUGUUUGUUUGCUAAAACCAUCGAACUUCAAAAGUUGUACGAUUAUUGUGUUGAGGGGAUAGCAGCCGAUUUCUUACACUGGGGAAAGACAGACAGUUUUCUGAAUCUCCCAUUCGAAGCUGUAAGGGAAGUAUUGUCAAAGGUCAGUUCUACUUCUAGUUUCACCGAUGAUGACCUUUUCGCGACAAUUAUAAAAUGGUGUAAAAAUAGUCACACCAGUGCGACGGAUAUCAAAGUACUCGUUCAAACUCCUAAAUUUACGAGCAGAGCCCUUGCGACGUCUCUGAUCGCGGAAUUGGUUUUCAACAGUGGAAAAUCAUUCUCGAGUAGUGAAGAUAACAAUGAUGAAAAUUCUGACGAUAAACUUCAAUCAAACUGCGAUAUGAAUUUAAAUGUCUAUCUGCACGGUGUCGAUGUUAAAAGUGGAGCCAAAGGAUGGGGAACAUUGAAGCUGAAUGACUCAUUUGAUACGUAUACAUUAUUGAACUUUCGACCUGAAGAUUCUUCGUUUAGAAGAAUAUGUACCAUCGGAACGAAGAUUUAUUGUUUUGAAUGGGAUUGUCUAAAAAAAAAAUGUCGUUUUUCUUAUUACGCAGAAGACAGCGUUGAAGUAACAUUGAAAACACCAAAUAAUUUUCCUUGCCACAGCGAGAACUGUAAUUUCGAAAUGAUAGCGGUGGAAAAUAAUAUUUAUCUAUUCUAUGUACUCUCUGAUACGAACAUUUGGAUUUACAAUUGUGAACUUGGCCGGUGGCAGUACUCAACGUUAGGAUUCGGAUUUGGUAAUAGUUUUGCGCGUAAUAUCAAAGCAGCUCUGCAGAAUUGUUCAAAUUGGUUUGCUCUCACAUCUUUGGAUCAUGGUUUAUAUGUUAUUGGAUGUAAAGACUGUACCAACAAUUCUGAUGAAAGAUAUAUUGCGCAAAUUGAUACUCGUACUAAAAGUACAACUAGAAAUUACACGGCAUUUCCUAAACCAUUUCAACAUGAAAAUUCAGCCGUUUGCGCUUUUGAUGGAAAAAUUGUUGUUUCCGGCUCCGACCACAGCGGUACUUUACACAAUACGUUCAGUAUUUUCGACGUGACAGCGGGUCAAUGGAGAACUGAUCUAAAACCCAUGAAUGAUGGCAGAGCAAGACACAAAUUGAUUCAUAAUAAUGGAUUCAUCUACACAUUGGAUAGUAGAUCAUUUAUGAAGAACGAAAAAUAUGACGUUGGUUUGAAUACGUGGAUCGAAAUGCCAAAUUUGCCAGAUCGAGUACAAUCCGUCAAUGCUGAUUCAGUAAAAGCGACGAUUGGUUGUAAACAAAUUUUCCAUGUUAAUGUUGAUUCCCCUUCAUCUUAGUGUGGUUCGUUGCUUUGAAUAGAAAAGUUCAAAAUAGAAGAACCUAUGUUACCAUUUUUUUUGUAAUUUUGAAUAAGUACCUAAAAUAAUUGUUUAUACUUUGUGAAAAUAAAAUACAUUUUUUGAAUCGAA